AUGGACUACCUCCCAGCCCCGGUCAUCAAGUGGCUCGAGGGACGGAUAGACCCGACCUCGCAGCGUCUCGUCGAGCAGUACUCGCAGUACUUUCUCGUCCUCCUCGUCGCAGUGGCUUUCGUCAUAUCAUUCGCGCUCAAGUCGGUCAUGAUCGGCCUGGAGGUGUUCUUGGGCGGAUUCGUGCUGUUGCUCGGGGCUACUGUCCCACCAUGGCCAUGCCUCAAUCGACACCCUAUCAAGUUUCUCCCGGUCCGUCAACCAACAUACACGUUGACAAAGGAAUCAACCACGUAG